AAUGCUAGCCACGCCCACAAAGUUUUUAAGUAAAGGCUUAGUACAGAAGGUGCGGUGUUUCCUACAGCUCUAGCUUCAGGGAAAUACACCGGUAAAUUUGCGUUAUUCUUUCACUUCUCAUCUCAGGACAAAGUCUUUGGCCAUGUCAGACAUGAAGAAUGGUGGCAGAGAAGACGGAGGAGACCACGUGGAUGCCAAGAAUAUUGACUCGAAAACGGUGACUACUCAAGCUGUAACUACACAUGCUACAGGCAAAACACCAGAUUAUUCAGAUGCAUACCGUAUGGACUUCCCCAACAUUGGGAAAUGUCUCAUCAUCAACAACAAGAAUUUUGCCAAGCAAACAGGCAUGGCAGAGCGCAACGGAACUGAUGUUGAUGCUGCAAACAUAAUGAAAACCUUCCAAGAUCUGGGCUUCAAAACUGUGAUCCAAAAUGACCAAAGUGUUUCACAGAUGAAACAGCUUUUAAAAUCAGUAUCCCAAGAGGACCACAGCAAUUCGGCCAUGUUUGUGUGUGUGAUGUUAAGUCACGGGGAUGAAGGCGUGAUCUACGGCACAGAUGGAUUCGUGCAGCUGAAAGAUCUGGCCAGAUUCUUCAGAGGAGAUCAGUGUCUCUCUCUAGUUGGCAAACCUAAACUCUUCAUCAUUCAGGCUUGUCGUGGAAACGAUUUGGAUCCUGGCAUUGAGACCGACAGUGUUAGUGAUUCAGAAGGCACACAAAGGAUUCCUGUCGAAGCAGACUUCUUGUACGCGUACUCUACUGCUCCAGGUUAUUAUGCUUGGAGAAACACAGCCAAUGGCUCUUGGUUCAUAUCCAGUCUAUGUGAAAUGCUGACUAAGUAUGGCCGUGAGCUGGAGAUUAUGCAACUCAUGACACGUGUCAACCGCAAGGUGGCGUUGGAGUUCCAGUCCUGCUCCUCCAUUCCUGGGUACAGUGACAAGAAACAAAUACCAUGCAUUGUGUCCAUGCUGACCAAAGAGCUGUAUUUUCCAAAGUGAUCAUUUGACAUAAAAUGAAUAAAAAAUUUCAUUUAGGAGUUUGGUUGUAGAGUAAUAUGGUUGAAUGGCACACUGCACAACAGUCUGCAGCAACAUUAUGUAAUAAUAGUUUACAUUUUCAAGUACAUUUGUAAUCAGUAUAUAUUUGUUAAAUCAUAUCCUGCACCAUGUAACAUGUCAUACUUUAGUAACAAUGAUGUUCACAUUGUCAAUACAGGCAUAGAGGACUAAAUAACAAAGCUUUGUUUUAAUAAAUAUAAACCUUUACAUGAAUACACUGGACUAACUGUGGCAGAGAUAAAAGUGCGUACUGUAUAUGGUCUGGUGUUAAUGAUUAGCUUUUUGUUGAUAUGUUGGACAGCAGCAUUUUCCCCCAAUGCAAGUCAUGUAUUAAUAGAAAUAUGUAAACAAAGGUCUUAAUCCUUUAUCCUUAAUGUUUUCUGAUCUAAUUGUGCCUUUUAUUCUCCACUCACUUCCCACAUCUCACAUUUCCAGUCAUUUUCCAAUUUACUAGAUUUGUCCUUUGAAACUUUGACUUUUUAAAUUAUGACACUGCCUCUACUAUACUAUUUAAUCUAUACAUCUAUUUUAAUCAUCAGUUUACUAAAAUGUGGGAGUAUAACAUCAAUAGUUGAAUGUAUGCAAUUGUUUAUUGCACAGUAAUUAUUAUUAUUAUUUUUUUUCAUUUCCACUUUCAUAACCAAAUUUCAUAAUCAGGUUUCUUAUUCUUUAAACAACCUCAUUGUGCCACACAGCACAGCGAUAUAUAUAAUUAAUGCAGAAUAGAAAGCAGAACUGGUAUAACUGAGAUUCAGAUGCAUUUCACAUUCAACAUCACAUUAUUAUCCGUUUCUGUCAGUGUGUCUAUUCCACUGCCUAAAUGGAGCUUCUAAUAGUUGGAGCUUCUAAAAUAAAUAUAAAUGUAUGAAUUUCUGUCUGAGACAAAACUGAUUUAAUAAGUUGAUUAGCUUGUGUUUGUGGUUGGUUUUUAAAAUAAAAAUAAAUGUUUGAUCCCUAACUAGUA